CUUCCGGGAUGUAGCCCGCCCAUCGUCCCAGCUGCAAUGUUCGAUUGGUUGAUUAAUCAAGUCGGGCCAAGUCGACGCGUCACACGCUGGAAAAUCCUCACUGACGCAAAUAGAUGACGCAAUCCGACUACCGCCUAACCAACCAAUGGCGAUUCGGCCGAAGGUUCAGCCGGCAUCUGACGUGGCUGCUGUUCCUCCGUCCCGUCCCGUCCCUCAUCCAGGAGGGCCCGCAGUGUGGUUUGGUGGCCCUUUGGAUGGCCGGUGCUCAUCUCUGCCUGUCUUCUGAGGUUCCCCUGGAGAGAAUUAGGCAGGUGGCUUUGGCGAGGGGCUACACGGCGCAAGGAGAAAUGUUCUCAGCUGCUGACAUGGCCAAGCUGGCCGAGGAGGUCUUCCCCUGUAAAACAGAGCUGCUCUCUGGAGGCCUGCAAGGACGGAACCACGACAGGAUUCUUCAACAUCUUGGUGCUGGCUUCCCUGUGCUGAUACCCUAUGACGAGGACUACAACCAUGAGCCCUGCCUCAGGAAUGGCUACAAGGCUCACUGGGCUGUUGCCUCUGGAGCUCUGCUUGGUCUGAAGAGUGACUUCCAUCCACCUGCCUGCGAGGAAGACGAGGACAUCCCAGGGCUCUUCCAUGCCAGCCACACUGCUUCAGCCGUCCCUUUGGAGGCCAUCGCCGAGACCUACUUGCUGUCAAAGCAGGGCAAGAGUUGCCGUUACCAGCUGUGGAGCUAUGCUCAGAUACAGGAGAGCAACGCCCAGCUGACGGGCUUCAGUCCCCGGCGGGCAGCCGAUGGAAAGGUGUACAUUGUGCCUGCAGGGGGGGUGCAAGAGGGACUGUGUGGACAAGCGGUGUUGCUGCGGCCAAAGGCAUGAGGGCACUCUGGUGGCACCAAGUUGCGCUGGAAGGGGGCCGCACCUAGCUUUGCAGAAGCACCACUGGGCUGUUAAAGGGUCUUAGACAAAUGCAUGGGAACUGCUUACAUUUAGCAGUGCCUUUAGAUAGGGACAUUAGGAGGCAAGAAAGAGAGAUGUCCGUCCCCCUCAUGCAGAGCUCCAGGACACCUGGACAAGGUUGGGGAGAGACAAGCUUAUACUUGAAGCUCAUUUAUGCCAACCAACCUGGCAUUGUGUUUCAGUAGAAGGAAGAAUGGAGGAAAGGUAGCUUAAAUUUCCUCUCUGCAAAGUGCUUUUUGCCUUUAGAAAUUAGAACAGCUUACUGUUUAUCUGAUUAUAAAUGAGAUCAAUUUUGAAACUGUAAGCAGGAGGGAAUAGAAAUGCUGGUGUGAAAGUCAAGUGACCGCCUGCCUUUUCGCCCUGUGCUGCUGGUGUUAAUAAAGGAGUGUGACUCUCCGUGA